UUAUGCGAACAAUCAUUUUCACAGGAUGCGCCUGUUGAACUUCCAUUUGAGCAGUUGAAAUCGUUAAUUGAGAGACUGGUGAUAGGAGAACCUUUCAGAUGAAUUGGAGUAGCACAUGCUGGGGCAGUCGGGGCAGGCAUUAUGACUGUUGGAUUCCUCUUGAUCCACUGGCUUAUCCAAGCCAUUUUUGAUCCACAGUUAAGCGGAUUUUCGUCUAAGCUCACAAGUUUCAGUGAUUUCAAAUCAAAUGCCGUGCUUCCAAUACACCGAAUUUUGUUUGAGUGAAGUUGUAGAACUUUAAGUUUUGAUAGACCGACAAAUGUUUCAUUCCGAAUACGCGAAAUCUCGUUAUGGUGAAGUGACAAAACCUCCAGCUUCUUUAGAUGUGACAGGUUGUCAGUAUUAAUUUCGCCGAUGGAAUUAUAGUCUAAAUACAGUUCCUUUGUGUUUUCGGGGAUACCAAUUGGGAUAGAUACCAAACCUCGGUUGGUACAAGAAACUUUCACACUAGGUUCCAAAAUUUCAACCACUCCAGGUCGCAUAGCUGUAAAAGUGAUAACAUCAUCCGCGGAUCGUUGA